GCGGACCCGCGGCACACCGGUCGCGCGCGCUAAUCGUUAAACUCGCAUAGUCGCAUGCACCCGCGUGAUCGUCCGUCGUUGCAGUCGUCGUCGUCGUCAUCAUCAACGCGCAACCGGCUUUAAUACAACAACAACAACGACAACGACAAACGGAUAUAGGAGAGAAGAACGUGAAGACGUAAAGAGUAUAAUAAUAAUAAUAAUAAUAAUAAUAAUAAUAAUAAACAUCGUAUUAUUAUUACUAUAAAUGCUAUAUAAAUUAUAAAUUGAUAUUAUACCGCCGGACGGUCGCGAGUUACUCGUCGGAGCACGCGGACACUAGCGUUACGCACACGUGUUAACCCUGACCGCGCUCAACAGAACGACACCGUCGUCGCAGCAGCAGCCGUCUCAGUUGCCCAACGAUCACGACUCGCGCAAUUCGUAGAGUUCCCAACGUUAAUAUAAUAAUAAUAAAAUAAUAUUAUUAUUAUAAAUUUUCAUUUCUUUUUUUUUCAAAUACAUUUUCGUUUUCUGUCGUUUUUGCGGCAUAAAUAAAAACAAACGAACGGGCGCGAUGCAAUUUUUGACCGGUACAUCGCAGACGAGUGCCGGCGGCGGCGGUAUGUUCGGCGGCGCCGAUGGCGCGGAGCUGUACGCGGCCACGGCGUCGGCGCCUGACCAUUACUUUUGCCAGCGAAUGUUGUACGCGAUGCAGUUCGAUUCGGUGGCCGCGGCCGGCGCCGGUAUGUGUUCGCCGCUGUUACCGUCGUCGUUGUCGUCGCCGCCGUCACCGCCGUCGUCGUCGUCGUCGUCGUCGCCGUUAUCGUCGUCAUCGCCGUCGUCGUUAUCGUCGUCGUCCUCGUCGUCGUUGUCGUCGUCGCCGUUAUCGUUGUCAUCGCCGUUAUCGUUGUCGUUGACGCCGUCGAUCGGCGGUCGUUGCUUCACGACAACCGCCGCCGCCGGGGACGUGAAAAUGAUGGACGCGUGCCCGGCGUCACCGGCCAACGAUCAUCAUCAUCACCAUCUACAUCAUCACCAUCUUCAGCUGCAGCAACAGCACGCGGUCGAGAACAGGAAACGUCCGUUACAGGACACGUUGGACGGCACUAACGUCAAGAGAACGCACAGUUCGUCCGUCGCAGGAAAUUCAGAUGGAAUGUAUCACAUGAAAAUUUUAAUUCCUUGUAUAACUGCUGGUGCCAUUAUUGGUAAAGGCGGGGAGACAAUUGCACAGCUACAAACAGAGACCAAUACAAAGAUUAAAAUGUCAAAAACAAAUGAUUUCUAUCCUGGCACGACCGAAAGAGUUUGCAUAAUAUCUGGAUCAAGUUCUGAACAUAUAAUGGCUGCACUUACAUUUAUUAUGGAACGAAUCCGGGAAAAACCAGAUGCGUCAAAUAGGGUCCAAAAUUCUGGUGAUGCAAUUGCAGAUCGUGAAAAACAGGUGAAAAUCCUGAUACCCAACUCGACAGCUGGUAUGAUUAUCGGCAAAGCCGGAGCGUACAUCAAACAGUUGAAGGAAGACAGCGGGUGUUUUGUGCAGAUAUCGCAAAAAGCGAAAGACACUACACUCCAAGAACGGUGCAUUACCGUGUCAGGUAACACGGAAGGAAACAAAAAAGUGUGCUUGUGCAUAUUAAACAAAAUAAUCGAAGACCCGUUGAGCGCGUCCUGUCCGAAUUUAAGUUACGCCGACGUCAAUGGCCCCGUAGCGAAUUUCAAUCCGACGGGAUCGCCGUACGCCCUGGCCACCACUAAUUGCUCCAACAACCAGACCAGUUACAACUUAAAUGCCACGUCGUUAUCCACACAGGAUGUCAGUAAUGGUAUAUUCACGAACAAAUUCUUAGACAACGUAAAGCCGUUAUUGAGGUCCAGUGGAUAUCCAGAAUCCGCAGUCAACGAAAUAGCCGUCGCCUUUUUGACGUUAGCCAAGCACAACGUACUUAGCCCGAACAGCAUAAUCGGCUUGAUCAACCAGACCAGCAUCCUGCAGCCGGCCCCGUCGGUAGCACACCACAACGGCACAGGGCUUCUGAGCACCGUGACCAACGACCUGUUCGAUCUGGGCCUGGCUGGCGGUGCCAUAUCCAUCAACGCGAUCCUGUCGCAGAACGCGGCCAGCCCGACGCUGUCCAACGCCAACUCAUAUGGGCUGGGCGUGGCGGCGGCAGCGGCGGCUGCGGCCGCAGCCGCAUCGACACCCAAGGCGAUGGGGCCGACGACCAACGCGGCGGCAGCAGCUGCUGCGGCUGCCGCGGCCGCCCUGUACGAGAUGACCGCCGACGACCAGCAAUCCGUCAAGCGGGAGAUGGACGUGCCCGAGUCGAUCGUGGGCGCCAUCAUCGGUCCCGGCGGCCGGUCACUGGUCGAGAUCCAGCAGAUGAGCGGCGUCACCAUCCACAUAUCCAAGAAGGGCGUGUACGCGCCGGGCACCACCAACCGGAAGGUGACCAUAUGCGGAUCGGCCAGCGGCAUAGCGAUGGCCAAUUACCUUAUGCAGCAGAGGAUCGUCGACGAGGAGACCAAGCGGGCCCGCGCGUUCUGAGUCCGUUUUGUUCUAUAACAUAUUUUAUAGUCUAAGUAUUACAAUAACUCGCCUUCUACGUAAUUUUCAUUUUCAUAUAAUUAUUAUUCAUUUUAUUAUUAUUAUUAUUAUUAUUAUUUGUACUGUUGCUUCUUCCUCGACCCAUCCGCAACACCCAUCCAUUACUACCCUCUUCCACCCUUUAACUGACAUCACCCAUCACCGUGUGUUGUGUGUGUGUGUGUGUGUGUGUGUGUGUGUACAUUAUAAUAAUAUAUUAAAUGAAACGGGUGGACGUCAUCCGACGACGACGAUUUUUUUUGUAGGCGAGUUCUUUUUUUCGGUCGUUAUUAUUAUUAUGUUUGUUUAAAUUUUAAAUCAUCAACGCAAACAGUCCGAGAUUCGCGUGGACGUCGAAAUUGGCGACGGGAUUUACUUACCGCAGUCUUUAUAUUGAUUCAUACAAAGGUAUAAUAUUAUAUUAUUAUAUACAUUCAUUGUUCAUGUGUGCCUUAUACAAAAACAUUAUAUUAUCCAAUCAUACAUUAUGCCUAUAUAGAACAUAGGUAGAACGACCUUUGAAUGUUUUAUUUUUCCAUAGUACCUAAUUACUAAUGAUUUAUAAAAAAAAACUUAUAGUCUGUUUUAUUAGCCUGCGACAACAACCAUAAUAUGAUAUAAGAAAAGUAUACUGAACCACAGAUAAAUUAAUUGAUUAGGUAGGUACACAAUUAUUAUUGAUUGUUAUUAUUAUUAUUAUUAUUAUUAUUAUUAUUAUUAUUAUUAUUAUUAUUAUUACUAUUAUUAUUGUUAUUAUUAUUAGAAUGUGUUAGGUGGUUUUUCAUAGGGGUUGUAUAGCUUACGUUUAAUAUUGAAUACGCUAGCAGAUUUAAUAAAUGGACCAAAAGUGGAUAAAAGUUAAUGUGUCUGUUUGUUAUUCACCGAAAUGAAUACGUUUUUCACUAGGAAACGUGGGGGAUGGAAAACCGCGUUUCCAAUAGGUUAUAUAGUUUUAUAGUUUCCAUUUUCGUAUACCUAUUCGAACAGUUCGGAGUAUUUUAUCGACAUUUUAGAUAUUACACAAAAUUAUUUAUUUUUUUAAAACAUCUUUCAGCCCCGCCCGCCCCCCGUUCAACAAACUGUUUCUGCAGUAUAAUAUUAUCUGGUACAUCGUCGCACACGAGUAAUAAUUAUUAUUGUAUUCAUAAAUAAAUCCUAUUCUAGAGUUCAGCCCGUCGCAGUAGUUCAUCUUGUCGAGUUCGCAAUGUGCGCGUAAGACUGAGUCAAUAAUACACCAAUUUACGAACUAAUGAGCACAACAAAUAAUAUAUAGUUUUACAAAAUUCAUCCGGCGCUCAUACAUUUUCCUCUGAUUAUCAUUAUUUUAGCCAUGCCUACCUCUUCGUCCCUUCGAAAAAUUAUGUGAAGAAAUAAGAGGACUUGCGUAAGUUAUAUACGUUUUUUUUUUUUUUGAACAGGGUAUAAUAUUCACGGGACGGCUCAAUAGCCAUUCGUUAUACACGAGUCGUAUACAAAUAAAUUAAAUUAUGAUUGGAGAACUUCGAGGAGAGGGGCUCCCCGUACGCGUAAAUCAGUAAAUGCACUUAUUCCAUGUAGGUGUAUAUAUUAUUAUAUUAUAGUAUAAGGACUAAACGCAAGUAAGAAUCAUUAUAUUAUUAAAGGUAGUGAACUUUCGUAUUUUGUUUGUUUUCGUUUCGUUACAUAGGUAAUAAUAUUAUUAUCAAUAAACUUGUUCCCCAACACAAACCAUAAUAAUAUUAUUCAGCUUAAUGGAGAAAAAAAAUGGUUUUUUAUUGUUUAAAAGUAAUAUUUGCUCAACAGAUCCCAACAAAUCGUAUAGUUAAUUACGGUAAACCAAAACUUAAUUAUUUUCGUCACAUCCGUGGCCCGAAAUGAUUUGAUUUCUUUUUUUUUUUCUACGGGAUAAUGUGAUAUAAUAGUUAUUAAAUUGAUGUGAAAUGCAUUGGUGCUUUUUAAUUAUUAUUCGUGCAUAUAAAUAUAUUUCAUAGGUAUAGGGUGGUAGAACUGUUCAAUACCUAAAAUAAUAUUUCAGCGUGCAGUGCAUAUACAGUUUAUUAUAUAUUAGGUACAUAAGUAAUAUAAUUAUGAUAAUAUGCAAAAGAAAACUUACACAUUUUGUUUCUACUCUAUAGUAGACACAUUUCGAUUUUGGUGACAAAGUAUUAUGUUCUGCUGGUUUCAAUCUCGUUAGUCGUUACACAUUAUGUAAUACACAAUUUUUGGAUGUCUGAAUAGUUAUACUACAUGUCUACAUGUAGACAUUACAUUUUAAUCAGUUCGUUUACGUGUGCGUAUUUAUAGAAAACUUUUCAUAAACCUUUAGUCUAAAAUCCGUCCUGAAAUAACCGUUAUUUAAUGGUCAAUAACUAUUUUAUCAUCAUUUAUUUUUAUUUUAUGGACUAGCUAGUGUAAAUUAUCAUCGGGUAACAUAUUUGCCAUCGUCCAAAAUUAAAAAAAAAAAAAUAAUAAUAUUGGUUAUGAACUCGAUCUCAGCGACACUAAAAAUAAUUGCUCGAUCCGAGUAUCAAAUCUCAAAAUAAAAUACAAUUGUUUGAUGUAUACCCAUUUUUAGAAUAUUAUAUUUAAAAAUAAUUAAAAUUUAACUUAUAUCUAAGUAUAUAAUAUGUGGCCUCGUUAUUAUAUUAUACUUCCAUGUAUUAAGGUUAGUGAUAUUAACAAAGAAUAAUUAACGUCGGUUGUUAAACUCAGGAUUAGGAGUUUUAAUUUUAAUAUUUUAAUGGGGAUUGUAGUAAAAUAGAAAGUUAUGAUUAACAUUAUAUUUAUAUUUAUAUAGAGCUAUAAUAGAAGCCACAUAAUGAGUUCAAAUACAGGAUAAUAUUUUCAAAAUAGUAUAAUGUAUAAAAUUAAUUUAUGAACAUAGUUUUAAUAAUAUACAAUGUCUACUGAAAUGUAUCUUCGUAGAAGUGUUUUAAUGUCAAAAUAUAAUAAAAACAAAUCGGUGACUUAAAAAAAAAUUAAAGUCAAAUAAAUAAAUAUGAAUAUUAUGUUUUGAUGUUGUCAUAAAACACAUUAUUUCGGCAAUCGAUGAAAAAUAUAAAACAGAUUUAAAUUAUUUUACCGUUAAACGAACAUAUCACACAUUAAAUAAAUAUAUAUAUUGUAUAUUAUGUGAAUGUAUACACAUGACGAUGCACAUGGAUAUACGUGAUAUACUUUACCAUUUUCACAACCUUGUGAUUUUUUUUUUUUUUGUUAUACUUUAUUGUUUAUUUAUACUUACCAUUCAUUAUUCAUUAUAUCAUUCCAUAACUCAUUUUCACACGUUUAAAACAAAGAAAAUGUGAUAUUUAAAUUUAAUGAACUAUAUAAUUUUAUUGUAUACAUUGUUUGUCCUAUAUAAUAUAUAAUAUGUAGGCUAUAAGUAGCUGCUAAAAAAUUCAAAGCUAAAACACUCCUACAUAAAAACAACGUUAAGAUCUUUACUCAGUAUAAUUUAAGGUGUAACUUUAUAAUUGUUUUAUCUUUUAAGUUUUUAUUAAAGGGAAAUUAUUAUGUCCAAGAUAAAUGGAAUUGGUACAGAAAUAAAAAAUAUGCAUUUUGUUGUUACGGUAAA